UCUCUCCCCUCUUCUUCCCAUCCAGCCUCUUUCACCCGCCCACCAGUUGAUUCCUGCUUAGUUUUAUGCAGCGUUAAGAGCAGAGACGAAACGGGAAAGAAGGCCUAAAUAGUCCCUUUCUCUCAAGAUCUGGUCUUUGGUUGCAGCAGCUUCUAAUUGUACAACUACUAUGCUGCGUUUGACUACUGGGCGCGUGGGAAGUCUCCUGGCCAGGCGCGCGACAGCGGCCCUGACCGGCGGCAGCGCGAGGACGGCGAGCCACGGUCACGAGGUGUCGGAGGCAGCGGACAUGUCUCAGCCAAUGUACUGGGACCGUGCGGACAUCCCGCUGCCUGACAAACCCUACAAAGAUGUUCUGACUGAUGCUGACAAGAGCCUGAAGCAGAAGGAGAAGGGACCCUGGGGUCAGCUGACCAAAGAAGAAAAAAUUGCCCUGUAUCGGCUGUCGUUCUGCCAGACCUUCCCAGAGAUGAAGCAGAAGACGGCAGAGUGGAAGACAGUCAUCGGGGGCGUCUUCUUCUUCCUGGGCUUCACAGGCCUGGUGGUCUGGUGGCAGAGAGUCUAUGUCUACCCUCCACGUCCCAGGACCUUUGAGGACGAGUGGCAGGCCCAGCAGAUAAAGAGGAUGCUGGACAUGAGGGUCAACCCCAUCCAGGGCUUCUCCAACAAGUGGGACUAUGAGAAGGGCCAGUGGAAGUAAAGGGGGCUGGGCAGGGCCUGAGGUAGCACAGUCUGGACCUUUCGCCUCAGAGCAUGGCUCAAUUCCACUCUGGGAAGCUGCUAUUGCUAUUUUGAAUGUUGCAUUAAGUGUCAAAACCACUAGAAAGCUGAAGUUUGUGCACUUUCAGCCUCUCUGGGGGAAUUGUACUGUGUUGCCUCUAGCUCUCCAAUCAGUAUCUUCCUCUGCUGCCACUUCAGCCUUCAGUCACAGGGAGAACUGCCUGUCCUGUUGUAGCCAUAAAAUAAUAAAGUUCAGCUUUUGUCUGUCA